AUGCGCACUUCCAACGUGAUUGGCUCUCUGCUGGCCACCAUGGUCAUGGCUGCCGGUGUCCAAGGCGCGCCUGUCAACAACCAGCGCGACCUCGAUACUCUUGACGCGCGUGCGCCUCAGCUCACUGGCAUCGUGGAUGCUCUUGAGGAUGCAUUCAAAGGCGUUUCAAGCGCUUCCAAGGGACUAAAGACAUCCAAGACUACAGAGAAGGAGGCUCAGAGUAGCAGUUCAAGCGGAUCAGGUGGCGAAACUGUUUCCAUUUCUUCUGUAGAUGCCAAGCGUUCACCUCAGCUCACAGGCAUUGUGGAUGCUCUCGAGGAUGCGUUCAAGGGAGUUUCCUCGGCGUCUAAGGGCCUGAAAACUUCAAAGACUACCGAGAAGGAGGCUCAAAGCAGCUCCUCUAGCAGUUCAGGCGGUGAGACUGUUUCGAUCCCUUCUGUAGAUGUCAAGCGUCAAUUGUCAGGAAUUGUGGAUGCUCUGGAGGACGCAUUCAAGGGGGUUUCGACAGCUUCCAAGGGCUUGAAGACAGCCAAGACUACAGAGAAGGAGGCUCAGAGCAGCACCAGCAGCAGCAGCGGCUCUAGCACCUCUGGGAGUGUUACUGCUGUGAUUCCAUCUGUCGAUAUCUAG